AUGCCAAAGGAAGAGCAAAAGACCACAUUCAUUGUAACUACUUCCAGUGCUCAUGGUGCCUGGUAUCCUGAGAAGAAGUCCACUUUGUCUCUGAUCAAUUCUCACGUUGCAAAUCGCAAAGCGCAACAGGCCAGCCAGCGUCGCGCUCAGUCGAGUAGAUCCGUUCGGCAGGCUCGACCACGUAAACACCCUUCCGUCGACACAAAUGGCCCAUCAUUGAUUGGAGAAGGCGAGUCACAGAGCGAGGCAGAGCCAUUAUCCAAUGCUCAACCAAAUGAAAGGCCCGGCUGGUCUCUUGAAGAACUCGAAGACAUUUUUGGGGAGCAGAACAAAACGGAAGCAGCCCCCCAAAAUUCAACGGCCAAAAUUCAAUAUGGCCAAAGGCUCACGAUACGACCAAACGCGAGUGACAUCGAAAAUCCGCCCACACUGAGUCGCGCUAGCUCGUAUCAAAUAAUUCAGGCGCAACAAAACACACGACUACAUCAAUCCAUCAAUGAGGACUCGAAGCUAAAGCCAGUCAUCUGGGAUCACGCAGCUCGGACACAUGAGUCCGUCUCACGGUUACCUCAUCGAGCUGCAGCUCAACGCCAACUCAAUAGAGAUCCCCAAGAAACCGUCUCAAUAGGCGAUCCUUCCCACCAACCGAUAGCCGCCUAUACUAGUGCUCCACCAACCAUCUUGAAGCAGGUUGAAUCUAUACUAGAUCCCUUCCUUCGUCUUUCGAUUAAAGUGUCAACAUUUGAGCAGCAGCUAUUACAUUUCUACCUUACUGAAGGUAGACAAGUCCUCUAUGGCACGUCGGCCAAUCCCGCCUAUUGCCCGGCUCUUCACCUUGCAAGCAGAGGCCUAUUGCAAAGGAGUCCCGCUUACGUCGAAACUCAUAUCGCCAUGGCCGAGCACAUCUUAUGUGGCCUACGAUCUGAACAAGUCACCGCAAACUUCUUUCGACGUCGCGCUGAUGCCUACAAAACUGUUGGAGAUCUUGUCUUAAACCCCGGUGCCGAGUUUGACGAUCAACUUUGCGGACUGAUAUGCCUGCAGACGGCUGAACACACGAUUGGCCGUACUGAUCUGCAAGCCGUCCAUCUAAAAGCGAUGCAUGAACUGGUAGAACGACGGGGUGGUAUUCAAUUCUUCUUACGGGCGCAAAGACCCGAAUCUGCACUUACUGAACCCGUGGAAUACUCAAACCAGUAUAUGUUCGCGAAAAUAGAUGUGCAAGGGAACAAUGACCUUUUGGCCAGGGCGAAAGAUGAUGUCCUUGGCAAUCUGCGCCGCAUAAGACUUUGGACAUUGCGAAUUCAAGGCCUGCAUAUUGACGCAACCCCGUCGGCCGGACUCGAGCUUCAGGAGCGUCGUGCUUACCAAAGUACACUAACAACAAUCAAGUCAUAUAUGUCUACUAUCAUCAGCAAGUACUUGCGGAAAGAUAACACUCCAUACCACCAGGCAGCUAGCACUUUCAACCUGUUGUUUACACUGUGCACCACGCUGGUAGCAUAUGAUUUGGGGCCAGACCCCACGUCACAAUUCCUUUUAUCCAUACAGACUAUGAUGGAGAACAGCACAGAUAAACAAAGCACAAAAGAGACAUUCGGCGGAGCAGAAGAGCAUAGCGAACUGUCUGGCCUUCACCCUUGCACCAUCGUCUGCCUGGUCUCACAAUUACGCAAAAAUCUCACGAAACAAACGCGAUCUCAGACGCCAAAUAGUCCAUCCCUUACCAGUUACAACACAAUUGACAGCUUCACACUGGAAGUUUUCCUCAGCAGUUCUUCCAUAGGGGCAAUGACACUUUUCCCUUUCCUGGAGUUCGGCACAAGGUUACGACUCUGCAGGGGACUGUUGAGAUCUGCUUUAUCAGUCUGCGAUAUGACUAUGGGCGAAACCUUUGGGGAAGCAGAAUUACAGGACUUGGAUCUUGAAAUCUCGAGAGCAUAUCAGUGA